AUGUAUUUGCAGAACAGAAAUAACACCAUCAACACCGAGAGGAGCAGGAAGAACUUAAAAGGCAAAACAUGGACUCACUUGAAGACGCCUCCUCCUCAGGAGCGGGUCCUCACCCUGUUGCCCACGAAGGGGGAAAACCGGCCAGAGGCAAAGGAGAAUCUGGAAGAGGAGGAGCAGGAGGCGACCCAGCGCACAGCUUUUGGGAAGGCCUUCUACGACCUGACCCAUUCGGAGAGGGUGAUGAACGACCUGACCUUUGGACGGCGGGUGGGGCUCUACGAGUUGAGGGGGCAGAUCGGCUCUGGCAACUUCUCCGAGGUCAGACUGGGAAUACAUGACCUGACUAGAGAGCGAGUGGCAGUGAAAGUCCUGGAUAAGGUUCGUCUGGACAAGCGCUCACAGACGCUCUUUGCCUCUGAAAUCUCCUGCAUGGAGAAGCUGGCCCACCCCAACAUAGUGCGGCUGUAUGAGGUGGUGGAGACCUUCAGGAGGCUCCACCUGGUGAUGGAGUACGCCAGCGGAGGAGAGCUGUUCUCACGCAUCAGCACCAGGGGGCGCCUGUCUGAUCUGGAGAGCAAGCUGGUGUUUUCCCAGGUCCUGUCUGCUAUCAAACAUAUGCACGACAGUAAUAUUGUGCACCGGGACCUGAAGGCAGAGAAUGUUUUCUACACCAACACUUACUGCAUCAAAGUGGGCGACUUUGGUUUCAGUGCCUUCUGCUGCCCCAGCGACGUCCUCCACACGUUCUGUGGCUCUCCACCUUACGCCGCCCCCGAGCUCUUCAAGGGGAGGGGUUACGUAGGUCGAUAUGUGGAUAUGUGGGCGCUGGGUAUCUUGCUUUACUUCAUGAUGACCGCCACCAUGCCAUUCAAAGCUACAAACACCGGAAGACUGAAAUGUGUUAUCCUUCAGGGCUCUUACGCCAUCCCCUCCUACGUACCUGCAUCCUGCCAGGAGGUCAUCAAGGGCCUCCUGAGGCCGGUGCCGGUGGAUCGCCUCACGAUGGCACAGAUCACGUCCAGUGGUUGGAUGAGAGGAGUGGAGUACCCCCAGGCGUAUCCCUCCUAUAGCUCUACACCCUCACAUCUGGCCGAGCCCACCCGCAUCCUCAGCCCCGACGACCUAAACGUGAAGGCAGCGCUGGAAGAUCUCGGCAUCACCAGGGUUCACCUCCUCAACAGCAGCCUGGACCUGAGGAGCCCGGUCUGCGGAACCUACCGGAUCAUAUUGCAUCGCAUCCAGAAGAGAAGAUGUGUGGAAGCUGUGGGACACAACCAGCCGUGCAUGAAGGAAUCUCAGAACAGACUCCGAUGGAGAGUGGAUCCGGACGGACCAUUGAAUAAACACCACUCUGUUGUCUGUGUCAUCAUGUAG